AUGCUAAAGAUACUUGGCGUAUCAAAGUUCGUGUCAUUCGCAUAUAUAUGGACACAACCAGCAUGGAAUAAUGAAAAAGAAGUCGGCAGUCUUGAGAUGAUACUUAUAGAUGAGCAGGGAAAAAAGAUUCAUGCUACCAUUAAGAAAGCGAUACCUAAAUUCAAGAAUAUGUUGCAAGAGUUUCAAUAUUAUCUGAUAACGAAUUUCAAUGUUGGUGAUGCAACAUCAAAGUUCAUGAUGGUGGAUAAUGAAUCCAACAUCAACUUCUAUCGCAACACAAGUAUACGGAGCUGCACCAACCCUGUUGAUUAUGGGAACGGAUUGACCUUCACACCUUUCUCUGACAUUGCUAACUUUAAAGUUGUUACAAAGUUCCCUAUUGAUAUCAUUGCGGAGAUUGCUGCACGUGGAAAAAUUGACAACUACACCAAAGAUAAUAAGGAAACAGUCCGCCUCCAGUUACACCUAACUGAUUUAGAUGGCAUUCUUUUGAAUUGUACUCUAUGGGGUGACUUUGCUACUCAAGUUGAUAACUUUCUCAGUGAUCCAAAGACUGUCGGUCGUGUUGUCAUUAUAAUCCAACUUGCAAAGUUGCGUAUCUGGAAUGCUGAACCUCAGUUGGGUUAUUGUUUGUAUGGUACCCGUAUUUUGCUAAACUCUGCAGAAACUGAAGACUUCAAAAAUAGGUUGAUUGCAAAGGAUGGUGUUCGACCCUGUGACGUUACUUACAAAGUACCUUUCAUACUUCAGGAGGAAGCUGUAUCCGCACCUGCUGAUUGGACUAAGCAUAUGGAUAGGACUGAUAUUAAUGAGCUUCAGGAUAUUAAGAAUGAUACCGUGUGUUUGGUGUACGCAACAAUAAGAGCUUUGCAAUCCGAACAUAAUUGGUAUUAUCUAGCACACAGGAAAUGCAACAGAAUUGCUCAAACUGUUGAAGAAGUUGAUUUAACAAAUGUUGAUUACUUUAACACUGAAAACCAUCCUUACCAUUGUGAGAACUGUAAGGAAUUUGUGUCUGAUGUUCUGGCCAGAUAUUACCUGAUAAUUCAUGUUAUAUGA